GCGACGGAGUCCAGAGCCUCGAGCAAGAAGAGCAGCCUCGAGAGCACUCUUAGUAGUAGCAGUACCACCACCACUUGUAGAAUCGCCACCAUAUCAAAGGCGCUGUAACCGCCAAGAAUAAGAAGGUCAUAGUGGUGGGAUGUUGGUAUCUCUGGUGGACACGCCGCCUUAUAACACAUAAUUAGAGUUGCCCGCCACCGGUAAGAUGGUCUUUCUCGGUCUUAGCGAUUACAAGCAACUAUCAUCGAGCCACGGCGAAGAUAGUUGUGACAGAGGAGGCAAGAUGGUUGAAGCCGGACCCAAAGUUUGUCAAACUUAAUGUGGACAUGGCGUUUUUUGGGACGAAGGAGUUGGAGCUACGACAUGAAUUAUUAGAGAUGAACGAGGUAUUUUUCUCGCAGCUCAAUGUAAGUUUACCCCCUAUGCAGCGGACGCAAUGUAAUCAGAGGCAAUGGCGAUGAGAGACGGACUAAACUUGGCAAAUAGCCUAGGGUUCCAGCGGGUUGAAGCGGAAUCCGACUCGCUAACGGUGAUCAACUGCUGUUCCGGUCAGAGUACUUGGUGGGACGCGACAGCAACGAUAUUCAUGAAAUGUAUGGACAUCUCUACCUUGAUUGAAAAGGUCAAGUUUAAGUAUUGCUUUCGGUCAGCAAAUCAAACGGGGCAUGCGCUAGCUAGGUUUAGUUAUUAUAAUAAAAUUUCUUCUAGUUGGACCGACGAGUCUCUAGAUUGUCUCAUGAGCAAACUCGUAGAUAAUGUAUCUCUACUGAUUAAUCAAUAAAGCUAGCCAUGAUGGCCUUAAAAAACACAUAAAAUCAGUGGAACGUCACCGGCCAGGACUGAUAUGACGUAGCGCAGAGCAGCAGCAAUUAACCCAGGCAUAAACGAAGCACAGGUGGCCGGGUGUCGAUCGAAAUAUACAAUUGUAGACCAUGCUGGACUCCAACACAUCAUCUUCUCUCAUAUAUGCAGUCGAUCGCUCGAUCGAGAGGAGAAAGCAACUAGCUAGGAGGACGACCACGGCUCGGCCAUGGCGACGCAGCACAAGACGGCGUCGACGCACAGGUCCGCGAUCGUCCGCGGGGUGCACCAGCUCGACAUCGUCGGCUACAGCACGCGCCGCAUGUUCGGCGCCGACAACACCAUCAGGUCCCGGAGUUUCGACGCCGGCGGCUUCGUCUGGGCCCUCGUAUGCCGCUUCGUCGCAAAACCAGAGCAAGCGCGGGGCCUCACCCUAGCGUCAAUCUCCAUAGAGCUCUCGAGGAACCAGACCGACGAGGACGUCGUCGCCAUGGCCAGCGUCCGGAUCGACGACCCCACAGGCUGUGGCCGCUACCCCGGCGCAGAGUGGCACAGCGCCGAGCCCCACAUCUUUCCGGCCAGGUCCAGGAAGGCCGUCGCCUGGGAGCUCUCCGUCCCCGACAUGUUCCUGGAACACCAGGAACGCUACGUCAUGGACGACUGCCUUACCAUCCACUGCACCGUGGACGUUAUCCGGGAGGAGUCUGUAGAUGGGACCACCAGGAACUACUCGGUCGUUGUGCCUCCGCCGCCGAGCCUAUCCCAGGACAUCCAUAGGCUCCGGCAGGAGAUGUGGUGGCCGGACGUGACGUUCGUGGUCGACCAGACCAAGAUCCAAGCGCACAAGCUCGUGCUAGCCAUGCGGUCGCCGGUCUUCGCCGCACAGUUCCACGGGGAGAUGAAGGAGAAGACCAUGCGCAGCCUACGGAUCGACGACAUGAGCGCAUCGACAUUCAACGCCAUGCUCCACUUCAUUUACACCGACGAGCUGGCCCAAACCAACAAAGGAACAUGCCACUUGGCAAUGGUGCGCGACCUCCUCGUGGCCGCAGACCUAUAUGACCUGGAGAGGCUUAGGCUCAUGUGUGAGAACAUACUGUCCAAGAGCAUCACGGUUGGCAACGUCAUGUCGACGCUGAUGCUGGUGCACAACAGGCACAGCUGCCGACAACUCGAGGCCUCGUGUGUUGAGUUCAUAGCGUCCGACCCUGACAUCUACAACGCCGUGCAAGCCACCAAUGAGUACAAGGAGCUCGAGAAAGAAUGCCCCUCUUUUAUAUACGAGAUCACUAAGAAAUUAGCCACGCGUGCGGUGGCUCGCAACAAAUCUCCAUCUACUUCUUCCACCGGUUGUGGCACUGAUAGCAGCAGAGAGAGCGUGUCGAGGUAUAACCCAUCAGCGGUGAUGAUCGGCACACACGAGUUUAGGAUCGAAAGCUUGAAAGCCAUCAGGAAGACGCACAGUGGUGGUCAAUACAUCCAAUCUGGCAGUUUUCAAGUGGGGGGAUACGAGUGGGCCAUAAGUGUGUACCCAUCCGGGUUUGAAGGGGACGAGACCGAGUACAUUGGCCUCUUCCUUAGGCGGUUGAGUUAUAACAAUGACGACGAGGAUGCCGAUGAUGACAACGACGAUGGCGGCGGCAACAAUGAUGCUCAUGCUGUGGAUGCAAUUCCAUCCUUGUCGUCGUGGAUAAAUUCUCACGGUAUGCCCAUUUCAUAG